AUGAGCACCACCACUACAAGUACAGACAACAAGGACGACGACUUCACAGCGGAGCAGAUCUCGGAGGUCUAUUCCACAUCCAGUAGCCAGGUUAGCGACGAGCAGCGCACGCUUUGGCAGAACGUCAAGAAGUAUCGUAAAGUCACUUACGUCACACUCGGACUUGCUUCUGCCAUUCUUCUCUACGGCUACGAUAAUGUUGUUGUUGGUACAGUCGCGGCCAUGCCAGUCUUCCAGAAGGACUUUGGCAUCUUCUACGAAGGCAAAUGGAUCGUACCGUCUACAUGGCUCGCACUCUGGAACGUCGCUUCUCCCAUUGGUGCAAUGCUCGGUGCUCUGUUCGGGGGUUGGUUGCAAGACAGGAUAGGACGCCGCCUCACAAUGGGAUCAUGCUCCUUCCUUUCCGCCAUUGGUGUCGCCAUAAUGUACAUCUCAUACCUCCCCACAGACAUCACCGGCCGCCGCGUCGCUUUCCUCAUGGGCAAGUUCUUCCAGGGCGGCGCAGUCGGCGCAGUUAUGGCAGCGUGCCAGACGUACAUGUCCGAGAUCCUUCCUCCUGUUCUGCGAGGCUCAGGCAUGGCGUUCUUCCCGGCUUUCACACUAUUGGGCCAACUGACUGGGGCGCUGGUCAUAUAUGGUGCUCUGAAUCGCCCCAAGGGCUACUCCAUCGCGUUUGGCUCCCAGUGGCCAUUUUCCUUCGUCCCUAUUGUCGUCGCCUUCCUGAUCCCAGAGUCUCCGGUUUGGUAUGUACGUAAGCGCAGAUUGGAUAAGGCAUUCCAAGCGCAGGCGCGUCUUGAUCCUCCAGGAGCCAAUACGCAGACGAUCGUGGACAAGAUUCUUGCAGACAUAGAGCACGAGGAACUUUCCAAUAGAGCGACGUUAUUGGAGUGCUUCCACAAAAGGAACCUCCGACGGACUUUCAUCGUUAUGUGGGCUAAUGCUCUUCCCUCCGUUUUCGGUCUUCAACUCCUCGCCAAAGCGUCAUACUUCCUGCAACUUAUCAACAUGAAAGCCGGGACAUCUAUCAUCUUCCUGGUUCUAGGCAUUGUUCUCGGCCUGAUAGGGAACGUUAUUUCGAUCUUGGUCAUGGCGCGCGUUGAACGACGACCUUUAGUAAUCAGUACCCUACUCAUUGCGGCUGCGCUUUGGUUAUCAAUGGGUAUCGCGAAUUGCACCAAGAUUGUGCCUGCUGUUACCUGGUGGACAGCAGCAUCAAUGAUGCUGACAAUCACCAUCUGUGGCGUGGGUGUCUGGCCCGCCUCCUUCGCCAUCUCCGCCGAGACCUCAUCCCUCCAACUGCGCGCCAGAACGCAGGGUAUCGGCUGGUUCAUCUCUGCCCUCUCGACCACGGUGGCCGGUGUUGCGCUGCCAUACGUUUUCAACCCAGACCAAGGAAAUCUUAGGGGGAAAACGGGCUUUACCUACGCGGCUACGUGUCUGGUCGGAGCGGCGGUGUCGUGGUAUAUCAUUCCGGAGAUGAAGGGCAGAAGCGUGGCGGAAAUUGACCGCAUGUUUGAGGAGAAUUUGUCGGCUCGGGGUUUCAAGCGUUGGAGAGUGGAGAGUAUGAACCGGGAGCGGGAGGCUGGAGGAUAA